CUAGUUGCCACAACAGUAUGGAUUUCGACAGUCCAGAGGAAAAGGAGUUUCCCGGUUUAUAUGCAUCUGAAGCGGUCGAUGCCAAGUCCAAGAAGAGCAAAGAGGAAAGCGAUUUUAGCGAAGGAGACCAUGACAAGCACAGCAAGAAAGAUUUGCUCAUUGGACGACGGAAGGAUAAGAAAGAGAAGGGCAAAGAUCGCGGUUAUGCUGCUCUAGAAGGUGAAAGUUCGCCUGAAGAAGAGCUGGACACCAAGAGUCCCUCCAAGUCAAAAAAGUCAAAAACAUUCAAAUUUACAAGCUCAAAGAGUAAGGAAAAGCGCGAAAAGUCGCGCGACAAGGAAAAGGAGCCAAAAGGUCCAGAGGAGGAUCCUGUGCAUAAAACAAAAGACAAGGAAAAGGACAAAGAGAAGGAACGUCACCAUGAUGACAAGGAUCACAAAAAGAAGGACAAGGAGCGCAAGGAGAAGGACAAAAAAGACAAGUCCGACAAAAAAGAUAAAAAGGAUAAAAAGAGCAAACAAGCGCAGCAAGAGGACAGCAUCGGCGAAGAAGAAGUGUUGGCUCUGGGAUAUCCCAUCUUUGGCGUUUCCAUCAGUCUGGCCACCGAGCGCUCCCGCUGUCACGACGGCAUCGAUCUACCGCUGGUCGUGCGCGAUUGCAUCGACUACCUGCAGCAGGAACAAUCGCUCAAGUGCGAUCAUAUUUACAAGGUGGAGCCCAUCAAGACGCGUCUGAUGCACUACAAACGCCUGUACAACAAUCGCGAGUACGAUGCAUCUGUGGAUGAGCUGAAUAUACCGACCGCCUGUAGUUUGCUCAAAUUGUUUCUGCGCGAGCUGCCGGAACCGGUGCUGACCACAGAUUUGGUUGCACGCUUCGAGGAGGUGGCCUCGCAUCCCAAAGUCACCGAGCAGCAGGCUGAGCUGCAGCAACUCCUCGAACAGUUGCCAAAAUGUAAUCGCACCCUAUUGGCCUGGGUAAUAUUGCACUUUGACGCAGUCAUCCAACAGGAGCGUUACAACAAACUGAAUGCCCAAUCGCUGGCCAUGCUCCUCAGCCCAACGCUACAGAUGUCACAUCGCUUAAUGGUUGCGCUCUUGUGCCACUGCGCGAAUCUCUUUCCGGACGUAAAGUUGAUAAAAUAUGUUCCUCCACUCACCUCGGCCAGUCCGGGUCUACCCGAUACCCCGGAAGACAUCCAGACGGAGCUACGGAAGCAGGACAGUCUCCUGACCCAAAUCCAUAGCGAAAUGAAUGCGGGCUUCAUCAGCAAGAAGCGUGAGGAGCAGCUUUGGGAGGUUCAACGCAUCAUUACCCAACUGAAACGCAAACUAAGAAGCUGUGAAAAGAAGCAAGAGAAGUCCAUAGAUGAGCUGGAGGUCACCACCUCGGUAACCUCUACACAACCAGCAGCUCAACAAGCAGUCCCACCAACAGUCCCAACAGCCAACAUCAACGAAGAUACCGUCGACUCAAUGUCCGCGCCGUCGCAAAUGAACACCUCGGAACAUCAACCUGAUGAGCCUAAUGCUCCUGCUACCCCACCACCAAACCCGGUUGAAUACACCAUAGACAAACAGACAGGCUAUCUGCUGUUGCCGAAGACGAAUCCACAGCGUGACGAGUUGCUUCGGCUGCAAAUGGAAUACGACGAGCUUAUUAUCUGGCAAAACGAGCUCAAGGCGCGCAUUCUUGCCGAGCGCAAUGAGAUGUUUCGCUUGAAACAGUUGUACGAACAGGAAGCGCAGAAGCCGCAAGCUGCGCCACAGACCAGUCAGGAACAGCUUCCAGCGGAGGCUGACUACGAACGUAUCAUUGAGCAUUAUACGCGCGAGAAUGCGUUGCUUGAGCACAAAAAGAAAAUGUUGGGCAAGGAGCUGAAAGCGGAGCGGCGGGCCUGCAUUGCGCUUCAGGUGGAGCUACGUAUGCAGCACUUUUAAUUAAUGCAAAUUUUACUCAGUGUAUGUCUAUCGAACAAAACUCUAAAUGAAAUGUUAUCCAAAUAUAUAGGAAAAAGCUUAGCUUCAAACAAAA